AUACGCGGUGAGCCGCCUUGCAAACGGCUGCAGCCAGCCAUUUUGAUUAGUAACAUGGCGUCAGCGGAGAUUAAUAUGGCGUCCUCGGACAUAAUAACCGAAGUUGAGAUUCAACCCGAUAUCCAGGAAGUCGAAAUCGAGACGAUCCCCGUGGAAAUUCCUUGCGAAACUGUAGAAACAACGAUCGAGGGAGAUGACGGGCAACCGAUGAUCGCAUUGCAAGCUUUACCGGAGCCAGGGCGUGAAGAAAUCAUAUUGCAAACGCAAGAGGAGAUCGUUGGAGGAGACCCGCUGAGCGUUUACGACCAAAUACCAGUGCCAGAAAACGAUAUUUAUGUUGAAUCAAGCCCUGGCCCUUCUAGAAAAGGCCCAAAGAAAGCUCGCAAAGGUGGAAGUUCAAGAUUUAGAGCCCCGGACCACACGAUAUUUGGAGACAUGGGAACGGAGACGAAGGCUAGGAAGUGGGAGCAGAAACAGGUCCAGAUCAAAACACUGGAAGGCGAAUUUUCUGUAACAAUGUGGGCUUCGGGAACUGAUGACGGGAGUGUCCUAUUAGCAUCUCACCUGGUGGAUGUUCCAGAUGAGGGCUCCAACCCAGAGCCUGACCCUGACUACACAGAAUACAUGACUGCAAAGUCAGUUGCCAAGUUCAACCACUCUGGGAGUUCUGUUUCUGAUGGCAUGCCAGGCCUCGAUCUGUCAGAUCCGAAACAAUUGGCUGAAUUUGCACGACCUGGGCACAAGUUAAAAGUACGAAAACCACCCAGCAUAGACGGAGUCGAACGCACUAUUGCCUGUCCACACAAAGGGUGCACAAAGAUGUUCCGCGAUAAUAGCGCCAUGCGCAAACACCUCCAUACUCACGGCCCAAGAGUGCAUGUAUGCGCAGAAUGUGGAAAGGCCUUUGUUGAAAGUUCGAAAUUAAAGAGACAUCAACUUGUCCAUACUGGUGAAAAACCCUUUCAAUGUACCUUUGAAGGAUGUGGUAAACGAUUCAGUUUGGAUUUCAAUCUACGAACUCAUGUUAGAAUUCACACUGGGGAUCGACCAUAUGUAUGCCCCUUUGAUGGAUGCAGCAAAAAAUUCGCUCAGUCUACAAACUUGAAAUCUCACAUACUGACUCAUGCAAAGGCUAAAUCUCGUAACGCAAUUGGUAGACAGGUGUCACAGAUACAGUUGCAACAACCACAGUUCGUUCAGGUUGAAGUAGCUGAUGUAGACAACCAACAGUUCAUCGUGUACGCUGAUUAGCCCCCCUAAAUACCCUUUGCCCCAACGACCCCCUUGAUAAUUAUCAUAGCCUUUAAUUAUUAACCCAAACAGUGUACAUAUUUACGAUAUGCAGCGAGUGAUGAGGACAGGAGGGUACUAAAGCUAUUAGCUAUCUUAAGAGUUUGAAAUAAUUGAUCGAUGAAUACCUCUGUGCUAUAAUUGGUCAUUUAAACAAAAAAAAAUUUUUAAGAAAGCACCACAAACACAAAUUGAAAUUCGAAUCAUGUCGCUGAACUAGAGUACCUCCCAAAGACAUACAAGAUAGUCCUAGUGCACAACAUCUCGAUUUUGUUCAGGACUGAACUUGUAGCAAAAUCAAUCACAGCGGAAAUUGGAAUGUUAGUCAAAAUUGCAAUGCAAAAGAUAUUGCUUCUGCAAAAGACUGUUUAGUUUGUCACUUUGAAUGUAAAUCAUAUCUAUAUUUAUAUAAGAACUUAAUGAAACAAAAUAUUUUCUCGUAUUUAACUUUAUGGCCAGAAUUCCUAGACUGCUUUCGUCUAUCUCGUAUGUCCAUGGUACCAGUAAUUGUGGGAAUAAAUGUUCAAACCUUUUGAAUCAAGAGCUAGACUUGUCAGACUACGUUAAUUUAAGAAUGUAAAUUAAAAUCAAAGAAAAAAAAAAAAUUCAAUUACAAAAUAUGUUUUUAGACGUUUUUAUGGCUACUACUUUAGUACAUCCCGUUGAAAUAUUAGAUGGUGAUAAUUUAAAUGUUAUAUUGUGAUCUGUGGCGAUUAUGAGGAGAACUUAUACGAUGUGUGAAGACUGUUCGUGUGUUACUUAUCCCUUGUUACUAUUUGCUAGCUGUAAACGAUAUGAAAGAAAAUUGAGUCCAGCAUCCAUAUUGCACCGAUGCAAACGGUGAAUCAAUCGAGUUAUAAAUAUAUCAAUGCUACAUAAAAUUGACUCGGUUUUCUCAUUCGUGGACAAUAAAAUGAAUUCUCUAGUUAUACACAGUUUCAUACUAAAAGAUUUGUCCAUUUAUUCCCAGUGAUAAUAAUAAUGCAAAAUACUUUUAUCAUUAACAAAAGUAAAUUUAAAACUAAAGUAAAUAAAGAAAAGUUAAUAAAUUUUAUUCUAUGUAAUAUGAUUACUAUUAAACUUAAUGAAUAUAUUUAAGUUUGUCAAUUUAUAUGAAAUGAGAUGAGAAAAAAGUAAACAAAAAGUAAUGUCUA